CCCGGCUCCGCCAUCAUCCUUUCCAUGGACGACCACGAGGAGGUCAUCGACUCUUUCUCCGGCGCCAAACUGUAUUGGUCGUCUCAGAUCGCUCCUUUGGAAUCCCAUUCUAUUUCCUUCUACCCCUCUCCCCCCGACCGCCGCUUCUACCGCCUUUCUUUCCACCGCCGCCACCGCGACCUCGUCGCCAAUUCUUAUAUCCCCCACGUGCUUGACGAAGGCAAAGCCAUCGGCCUCAAAAACCGCGUGCGACGGCUUUAUACGAACAAUACCAGUUAUGAUAGCUAUGAUUUUCGAAAGCUGGGGUGGAGUCAUGUCCAUUUUGAGCACCCUGCGACUUUCGAAACCAUCGCCAUGGAUCCGGAGAAGAAGCGCGAUAUCGUCGAUGAUCUGAUUGCAUUCAGCCGUGGGAAAGAGUUUUAUUCUCGUGUCGGCAAGCCAUGGAAAAGGGGGUAUCUCCUUUACGGCCCGCCUGGGACCGGCAAGUCGACGAUGAUCGCCGCCAUGGCUAAUCUGCUCGAUUACGAUGUCUACGAUCUUGAACUCACCGCAGUGAAGAACAACUCUGCUUUACGAAAGCUGUUGCUCGAGAUCAGCGGGAAGGCGAUUAUUGUCCUUGAGGACAUUGAUUGCUCCCUCGAUCUUUCCGGCAAGAGGAAGCAGGAGAGAGAGAAAUCGGAAGAGGAGGUGAAGAAGAUAGGAAGCGAGGAGAACAAAGAGAGUAAGGUCACACUCUCAGGGCUUCUCAAUUUCAUCGACGGCUUAUGGUCGGCGUGCGGUGGAGAGAGACUGGUGGUUUUCACAACCAAUUUUGUAGAGAAGCUGGAUCCGGCGCUGAUAAGGAGGGGGAGAAUGGAUCGGCACAUUGAGCUUUCUUACUGUGAUUUCGAAGGGUUUAAGGUUCUGGCAAGGAACUAUUUAGGGAUCAAGGAGCAUACUCUGUUCGAGAAGAUACAGAGGCUGUUGGAGGAAAGGAAUAUAACGCCGGCGGAUGUGGCUGAGAAUCUGAUGCCAAAGAAGGUAAAGGAAGUCGCCGUAAGUGUGGAGGUCUGUCUCACGAACUUGAUUCAAGCUUUAAUGGAGUCCAAGUUGAAAUCAGCGAAAGGGGAAGAGGAGAUGUUGGCGGGCACGGUGGCUAAAGUGGUGGAGGAGAAGGAAUCCGCCGCACCAUCUACAUUGAAUGACGUGGCGCGUUAAUCCACUUUUUCUUUUUUGAAAAAUUUGGACUUGGCCCGUAUAUUAAAAAACUAAGUAAAAGCUAUUACAUGAAAAGAGAAAGAGCAGCAACAAAAAAAACUCCAAACAAGAGGGAGCAUGCUCACAAAGCAACAAAAACAGCUCUAUCAACGGCAAGCGUUAAAUCCUCUUAUUUUUCACAUCUUUUUAUCUCUGUAUUUUAGGAUAAUAUAGUAAUAAAACACAACUCUCCUUGGCCUAAUGGUUGAGAGCUUUGGCUUCCAACCAAGAGGUCUAGGAUUCGAGUCUAUGUGAUGAGGACAUCAAUCAGAGGUUCAAACAGGUGUAUAGUCGGAAGCAUCAUAGAUCGACGACCAUGAUUCAGAGUUUAUAUUUUUAAUUAUUUAUGCAUUUUAUUUGAGUCUUCCUAUUGUACCCUUAUUAUGAGUUGAGUCAUGUUCAGGACAAUUUAGUUUUUGUUCCUUCUUUAUAUUAAGACCUAUAUAAGGGUCAUUUCCAUUGUAAUGAGAUGAUGAUUGAUUAUUAAGAAAAAUUUUGUGUUUCUUCA